GGGCUAGAUAAAAAAUUUAUAAGUUACUAAUAAACGAAUUUAGACGAGCCUACCAUUGACCCCCGAGCUACAGCCAACGCUCCGUCGCUCCCCGCCAAACUACCGGUCCUACACUCUUCCUUCCAAUAAAAGGAGAGUCAGAGAUUGGAGAUCAGAUGGCGGUGCUUCAAAUCAAGCUCAUCUUUCCCCUCCUUUUAUCGCUGUGUCUGCUUGUGCCUUUGACUCAAGCCACCACCACCAAGGUCGAAUACUGCGAUAAGCAUGCUGACUAUCCUGUUAAGGUUAGUGGAGUUGAGAUAUCUCCUUACCCCGUGGCCAGAGGCAAGCCAGCCACCUUCAGCAUUUCUGCAUCCACAGGUGGAGCAAUCUCUGGAGGAAAAUUGGUGAUUGAUGUUUCAUACUUUGGAUUGCACAUCCACUCCGAGACCCAUGAACUCUGUACGGAGACAUCCUGCCCAGUUUCUGCUGGUGACUUUGUGAUCUCUCACUCCCAGCUAUUACCUGGAUUUACUCCGCCAGGUUCAUACUCUCUUAAGAUGAGGUUGCAAGAUGCACAUAAUCAGCAGUUGACAUGCAUUGGCUUCGAUUUCAGCAUUGGGUUUGGAGAAUCUGAAGUAGCGGCUGAAUAGUUAAAUGCUUUGAAGUGUGAAUCGGUCACACCAAAUAAAUUAUGUAUAUGAAAUAUCUAUUACCUUUAUGCCAUUCUAUAAGUUGUAUCUACUUUAGCUUUGCUACUAGUGUGAAUGUGUGAUUAAUUGUGUGGAUUAAUCCAGUUACUUCUGGAAUAUUAAAUUUAAAGUUUAUUUGAAGAA